CCGAGGGAUAACCAGGAAGUGUUGCACUGCUGUGUGGAACGCACGAGAAUCCUAUGGCUGCAGAGGAGCGCACGUUAAACUUUAAUGUGGGGGUUCUGGGGCACAUUGACAGCGGGAAGACGUCCCUGGCCAAGGCGCUGAGUACCACGGCCUCCACCGCUGCCUUCGAUAAGAACCCGCAGAGCCGGGAGCGGGGGAUCACGCUGGACCUGGGCUUUUCUAGCUUCUCUGUGCAGAUUCCCGAACACCUGACUGGUACCGGCUACACUCGGCUGCAGUUUACCCUAGUGGAUUGCCCAGGACAUGCCUCACUCAUCAGGACCAUUAUUGGGGGUGCGCAGAUCAUUGAUUUGAUGAUGCUGGUGAUCGAUGUGACUAAAGGAAUGCAGACGCAGUCCGCCGAGUGCCUGGUCAUUGGACAAAUUGCCUGUCACAAAAUGGUGGUGGUUCUGAACAAAACUGACCUGUUGCCUGAAAACAAGAGGCAGGCGGCUAUCGACAAAAUGACUAAGAAGAUGCAGAAGACCCUUGAGAACACGAAGUUUCACGGGUCCCCCAUUAUUUCAGUGGCAGCAAAGCCGGGAGGGCCAGAAUCUCCUGAAACUGUGACAGCGCAAGGGAUCUCGGAUCUCAUUGAGCUCCUGAAGUCUCAAGCCUACCUGCCCAAGAGAGACCCUUCUGGUCCAUUUCUUAUGGCAGUUGACCACUGCUUCUCCAUUAAAGGUCAGGGCACCGUGAUGACGGGCACCAUCCUUUCUGGAUCCAUCAACCUCAAUGACAAUGUGGAGAUUCCAGCCCUAAAGGUUACCAAGAAGGUGAAGAGCAUGCAGAUGUUUCACAAGCCCAUUAGCCGCGCAGUGCAAGGAGAUCGUUUGGGCAUCUGUGUCACCCAGUUUGAUCCCAAGCUCCUGGAGAGGGGACUGGUCUGUACGCCUGAGUCGCUGCACACCAUACACGCAGCUGUAAUAUCUGUCCAUAAAAUCCUGUAUUUUAAAGGCGCACUUAACACCAAGUCCAAGUUCCACAUCACAGUUGGCCACGAAACGGUCAUGGGAAAAGUGAUGUUUUUUAGCCUCUCACCAGAUAGUGAACCCCAAGAAUUGCCUCCAAAUACGUUUGAUUUUAGCAAGGAGUAUCAGUACCAAGAUUGCUACCUAACCAAAGAUUCUGUGACCUCUGAUCCGGUAAAAAAGGAAGAUGAAAACUUACCCAAGCAACAAUGGGCACUGCUGGAGUUUGAGAGGCCAGUAACCUGUCCCAAGCUGUGCCUUAUUAUUGGUUCCAAACUGGACACAGACAUCCAUUCCAACACCUGCCGGCUCGCGUUCCAUGGGGAAUUACUGGAAGGGAUGGAAGAGAAAAACUAUCCAGAGACUUUCCUUCCCAAGCUGAAGGUAUUCAAGAUGAAGCACAAAGAAGGACAAGCAGAGAGGGUAAAUGAUGAUUACAGCGUAAUUGGGCGCUCGUUAUUCAAAAAGGAGACCAACAUUCAGCUGUUUGUGGGACUGAAAGUGAAGCUGUCAACCGGAGAGGACGGAGUGAUCGAGGGCAGCUUUGGACAGAGCGGGAAGUUUAAAAUUCGGAUUCCCAAUGGUCUGCAGCCUGAAACCAAGAAGACUCUGUCAGCCUCAUCCAAGAAGAAGUCAAAAUCUAGUAAAGGAGACUCAGAGUCAACUCAGGUGGAGGAGGUCAGAGCAGAUGGCCAACCUGUACUCAUCACUUUGUGGUUCAAAAGAUACGUGUUUGACCCCCACAAAAAGAUGAUUCAGACUUGAUGCACCUGGUUGGGUCACAGAAUAUCCAUCCCAGGGGACCAGCAGAUGUCAUAACCACCUCUACAAGGGACCAGCCGAUGUCAUCGCUGCCCGUACAAGGGACCAGCCGAUGUCAUCGCUGCCCAUACAAGGGACCAGCCGAUGUCAUCGCUGCCCAUACAAGUGACCAGCCGAUGUCAUCGCUGCCCAUACAAGAGACCAGCCGAUGUCAUCGCUGCCUAUACAAGGAGCUGGUAGCUGUCACCAACCUGAGAUGUUAGCACUGAAAAUCUGCAGGUCCAUUUGAUGAAAAAUGAGCUGUAAUUAGCAAGUGUGAACCAUAGAUUAUUUUAAUUUUAUAUAUAUAUAUCAGGACUCUAAUUGUCAUCUUUAUGUUAUAUUUUUGAGAUAGAAUCAUUAAUAAAAUACAAAUUAGUUAUAACUCAAAUUAUAAAACAAAAUGAUUGAAUAUGGUCCAUGGCCGAGAGCGUUUGAUCCUCACUAUGCUGAGUUGAAGUUUUACAAUAUUUUGAGUUUUAUAUUUAAAUCCGGUAGCUGCGCAUCUGCUGGGUGAAUGAGCUAUCGUGCAUGCGCCCUAAUGGAAUAAAACAUCUCAUUUAUA